UCUAAACUGGAUCAUACCGGGCAAGAUGCUGGCGUUCUCCGGACCCCACCACCGCUCGCGGCUGGACCGGGGCUACCCCCUGCACAGUCCCGAACACUACCACGAGUACUUCAAGAAGUACAAUGUCACUACCAUCGUCAGAAAUCGUACGACGCACGCCAGUUCACCGCCCACGGGUUUGAACACAGGGAGCUGUUCUUUGUGGAUGGCUCUGUUCCCACAGACAUGAUCGUAAACCGGUUUAUACGGAUUGCUGAACUAGCAAAAGGGGCCGUGGCAGUUCAUUGUAAAGCGGGUCUGGGUCGGACGGGCACUCUGAUAGCAUGCUACAUGAUGAAGCACCACGGCUUCUCUGCGCGCGAGGCUAUCGCCUGGCUCAGGGUUUGCAGACCAGGCUCUGUGAUCGGACAUCAACAAUGGUUCCUUGAAAAUAUACAACCACGAAUGUACGCUCAAGGCGAGUUAUUUCGACGUCGACACAAUAUCACCUCGCUGCCUGUGUUCACGCGGGGCAUCUACAGCGACUUGCCACCCGAAAAGCCCGUCUCUCUCCAGACUAUACUGAAACACGAUGAGAGAGAAAAGUUGGAUAAUGCAAACGCCUUGAACGGAAACGAAACCGACUCAGAAAACAACAUAACACCGGUCAUUAGCAAAUACAAGACCACACCAUCGCCAAUGUUGCCAGCCAAAACUGUCUUCGCGCCAAAAUUAAACUAUAUGAUGCCAACUAACAAUAUCCGUAACGCGAAUAAUACUAAUCUAAAACCACAGCCAAGGUUGAUUAAUACUACGAUAAAGUCUCAUUACGCGGCCAAAACCUCCACUUUCCCCCCAACUCGGGGUGCCAACUCUCAAGCGAAUAAACUAACCGCGGGGGCCAAGUCUCAGUUCACUGGGAAAAGUAGCUUCCACGGUCAACGUGCCAACUUAGCUCGACCCGCGAACUACUCACACGGAACGAGCCCAAUUAAAACCUUCGCAAGAAAAGCGAUUAGCGUAACGAAAAUGACGACAAACGACACAAAUACCGUCACAGCUCUCAGCAAUGUGACAUCGACCCUGUCAGCGUUGACUGAAAACUGUCAUCUUAAUGGUAAGCGCUUACCAUCUGAACCAAAUCUCAAAAAUGUCAAUCAAACUAAGCUUAACAACGGGAAUAACACUAGAAAGAAAUUAAUCGUGCGAUCGACUUCAAGUUCUCGUAAGAAGUUACCCAAAAAUACUUCAAAAACAAAUCUGGAGAUAUCUCAGGAGUUAUCGUCGAGUGAUACAAAUAUAACCAAUAUAUCGGCAGACUCCUUGGAGACUCCAUAUAGCUUCAGGCGGAAACGGGACAAAUCGAACAGUCCAGAGCCAAUGGAGAUUAUUUCAAACUCCAUUAUCACAUCCGACGUCACGCCGGAGAACUUCGAGGAAGGUACCAAUUCUCAAGGAAACAAAUUGUACAAAAUAAAAGCGUUGCGUAAAAAAUAUCCAGCGUUUGGGGUUAGUCUGAUGAAAAAAGACGGCGUACAGACUCGGUCGAGUAGUUGCGCUAGCGGGUCGACUGUUAAAAAGAAAUGAUCUCUAUUGCGUAUAGAAUUAGAGUUAUUAUCGCAUAUUAUAGUAUAAUGGAUGUUAGAUGUGCAUAGCACAGUAUAUUGAUAGGUUUGUUUAGCUUAGGGCUCGCGCAAACUGAAUGCGGUAACGGUGCGGUGUUACAAAUAAUAAAAGGCAUGAAAAGGCAUUUAUUUUCUCAAAAUUUAUUCCUUAAGAUUUCUUUUUGAUGUCAUUUCUAAUAUACUAGACACAAACGUUGGUACCGCAUCGGAAACAAAUGGAGAGAGAAGCGAUGCAAGAAACUAUCCCAGCAUUGUUGUUUGCGCUCUUUUUAAUAAAAUGUACAAUAUUGUACUGUAAUUGUUAUUGCUAUGAAAUAAUCAUAAUCUACUUGCAAUUCUAAUUGAUAAAAACUCGGUUAAAAAUGGAAUGAUUAUAACACAAAAAAUAUGAAAGACUAGUUUCAAGAAUGUGUCUAAUAUAAACAUAGUUCACUCCCUGUACAUAAAAUUAUUUUAAAUGUACAGAAAAUACACUUAUUUGCAAUAUACUUUUCAACUUUCGAUGUUAUCAUUGAGCAAGUGCAAUUAUUUGAGAAUGAUUAAUAAAAUUAUAUUGUUGACACACACAGAGCUAUCUCACCGACAUCGCAUUCAGUGUGACCGAGCCAUUACAGACUGACAUAACUAACCCAUAUCAAAUGUUCCGUAAUAUAGUGAAUUGUCUAAACAAAUUUAUCAAUUUUUAUUAUAUAGGUAGUGUGCUGUUUACCCCAAGAGAGCCUAGAUAGUUCUAUUUUAUAAAGUCGUGUUGUAAGGGUGUAUUAGACUGGACAUCCAAUGUUCAGUUAACGUUAAUGUGAACGCAGCUUAAUAUAUAAUGUAAGAGUCUUAUUAGGCGCUCAGUACAUGUAGCAACUUCAAUAUCACCAACUCACAACUUUAUUAAAUUUAUUUUUCAGAAACUGUACUGGUUUCACUUUUGAUUGUUACUAUUCAGAUUUCUCGAAGGAGGGCUCCAGGUUCCAGACUUUUGUAAACUAUCUUCCCGGUUGAAAUAUCUAUGCCUAUUGAGUAGCAUUGGGUCUUUUGCAGCAAUAUUAGUAUACAGUGUUACUCAGUUGAUAUUAAUUGUAGGUAUUAUAGAAUCAUUGUAAAUAUACUAUAAGUGUUUAUGGCUUGUUAUAACUUUUUCAAUGUUGUGUUGCAAAAACUUUAAAUAGUCUGUUGCACCAUUGAAGUUGGUUGGUCUGCUGAGCGCCUUAGCUAUAUUUGUUAUUUCGUAUAUAGAUAUUAACAUAUAAGUACAUUUUUCUCUAUAUGAAUUUAUUUUGUCAUGAUUUUAUUAUAUAGGACAUUUAAAUACAUUUAGUAGUAUACUUAAUUCUAAGAUCAUAGUGAAUCAUUGAUGCGAAACUCAAUUUAUUUUUAGUUCCAACUUUGAAGGGGUCCUAACAGCAAUGGUUGUUACUUGCAUUGGUACCUUACACCAUCAUAAAACUUUAAAUCGUCAUGGUUUUAAGUUUUCUCUCUUUUUUUUGAUGUCUUGUACAAUAUUUGCAUUUUGUUUCUAUGUAUUCGGAUAAUUUAAUUACUUAUUCAACCAUCGUUGGCGGUUUUAUUAAGUGCAUCGUAUUUAACUAUAUUUUGAAGUAACAAACUUUAUUGAAUAUCCAGUUUUAACUGUUUUUUUUUAUCUAAAGAAACGAUUAUAAAUAAUCUGUUGUAAUUGGCACUUUUGUCAAUAUUUUUCUUUUAUAUUUAUGCACGUCAUGAAUUACUAAAUUUUACGAGCAAAGGAUCUAAAAACACUUAAAAAUAUAAUUAUAAAAAUAUUGUAUUUCAGGACCUUUUACAUCUAGAGUCAAAAUAAUUCCGGUGUCGCUCGUUGCGGUCAUUGAACUCGUUGUUCAUCGAAUAUUAAUAACAAUUCGAUAAGUGACUUAAUAAUUGAGUUGUUUUGUAUACGGUCAGCUAUUUGAUUUAGUUUUAUAUAAAAUGCCAUUUAACGACAACUUCCUCGUUACUUACAUAACAUGUUUAAUUGUUGUUGCGUUUGCAUAUUUUUGUUUUUUUUUUUUUGCGAUAUUUUACAUUAUAUAUAUAUAUAUAUAUAUAUAUUUAUAUUAGGAUAAGAGUUUAAUUUUGUAUUAACACGGAGAAGUUAUUGUGGAAAAGAAAAGUGUAUAGUAUCAUUUUUUUAGUUAUUUUUUUAGAAAACCUUUACAGAAUACAGAGUGUAAAUAAGUAAAUAUUAAUAUAUAUAUUACUUAUUUUCUCUUACUCAAUGCAUUAUUAAUGUGCUGAUUAUAUUAUUUAAAACCAAAUCAAGGCAACUUUUUAUGUCAAUAUAGUGUAAAUAAAGAGACAGAUAUUAUUAAAUCCUAAUUUAAUCUCGACUUUAUUAAAUUAUUUGCAAUAUUCUGAUGCUAUAUGCAAUUUUUUUUUUGCACAAGUGAUUUUUGAUCGAUAAAUAUUUAAUCUCAUGAUAUAAAGGACGAUGGCGAGAAUGGACCCACAUAAUUUAAAAAUUAAGUAAGCAUCCUACAAGUACAAGUUUAUAUUAAUUAUAAACUUAAGUUUAUAUAAUGUUUAUAAAAAAAUAUUGAGGCGCUAAGAUAUAAGAGACAAAAGAAAAUAAUUAUUAUUAUAUAUAAUUAAAAAUAAGUCAUCUUGCACUAACGGAACGUUUUUUUGACAUGAUAGUCAUUUUUUUUUAUGGAUGUUCUGACACCAUCAAACUAUCUAUACCUACUCAAAUUAGUUAUUCAGUAGUAAUUCACAAUAAGAUUCAAUAAGAUUAUUAUCGAUUUUUGAUACUAAAAUCAGUAGGUAUCUUUAUCUUAAAAGAUUCGAUACCUUCUUGAAAAAAUAAUGAAUUGUAAAACCUCAAUUAUUAGCUGCUGGCCUACCCUCCACAUAUAAUAUUAUCUUUUAGCAGACAGUAAUUAGGCAUAGACAUAAGAUACAAAUUAUUGAUUAAACAAUAGAUAUCAUUUAAUAAUUUUAGGAUAUAUUUUACUUUUAGGUAAAUCUUUUUCCUCCCACUUUUAUAGACUUACUUACGAUUUGCUUUUUUCUUAGUUUUAUUACGUUGUACAAUUCUUAAUAAGUUUCCAUUAUGUACGCCACUUCUUUCAGUGGGUCCCAAAAUUCAUUGAAUGCAUUCUCGCCAUCCUCCUUUAACACUUCAAUGAUUAUUAAAACGUGUGCUAUUAUAACUUAAUUUCUUAGAUUGUGAUUUGGUAAAAACAUUGACGUACAAUAAAGAACUAAACCCCAAUACCCUAUUAAAAGGUCGUCAAAAAAUUUCCGAGCGGCGUUGUAUAUACGUACACAUUAACUUAUACUGAUAACAUAUUUUAUAAAAUAUUCAUUAUGUUCAAAGUCUAUGGAAUACGGUCAUUAGAAGCUCGGACGCUAACACAAGGCAAGAACAUUUUGUUUAAGCAAAUUUAAAUGUAGUUACAUAUUUAGCAAAAUGAUUAAAAACGUCAAGUUAAUUACACGAGGGGCGCUUACCUGAAAUACGACACUCCAUCCAUUUUAAGAUUGGAUUUUUUACUGGACACGUUGUGAUCGUGUGGCGUUGUAUAUAAAGCGCGGUCUAAACACGAAAACUUUGCUUAAGAGACGCAUAGGUAGAGGUUUGUUUCAGACAAUUUUUGAGCGUGACUGUGGUUCUAGUACGUCAAUGGGUAAAAAGUAUUUUUUCAAGAAGUCGAAUUAGGCGAUCUUUGUCGUAAUCCAUUUCUAUUCAAAACGCUAUGGAUGAUGUUUUUUAUUUUUAAUUCCGCAAAAUUUAAAGAGAUUUUCAAGCUGGAAUGAAAGUCAAAUGUUUGGUGAGUUAAUAACUCCUUUAGAUGCGUCUUGUAGGAAGCGGAACUCGUACCGAAGUGAUUUUAUGAAACUUGGCGAGAUUAAGACUCAACAUUAAAAAUAACCAAGAUUCAUAUACCGUAAUUUGUGUCUUUCAUUAAAGUCAAUACUAUAUCUAUUAUUAAUGGGUGUCACAAUUGAUGUUAAUAUUGCGAUGUUUUAUAAAACGAUUUUCAUUGUUUUCAUUUGCAAUGGAAAGGUGCUUUGUAUCUUCUGAUAAUGAAAGAGUAGAAGCUGUUUGUAUAUAUAAUAUAUAUAAUCAUAAUCAAAGUCUGUUGAGAACGAUUUGAACAUUAUUGUAACAUUCCUUGUAUAUCGGCCAUGUGUUAUAAAUUAUAAUAAAUAUUGUAUUAUUAUGUUUGUUCUCAUCCGAAGCUGUGCUACUAAGACUGUGUUAUGUGAAUGCCAUUAUUAUGUACCGAUAUAACAUGGUUAUCAUGUUCUUGGCUUUGUUUCAUUAUUUUUUAUAAUGUUCUAUAUAUUAAUAUUAAAUUACUUUCUUUCUUCUGCAACACAUCUAUCAUACUCAUAUUCAAGUGUAAAAAAUAAUGUCAUUAUCAAACUGACAUUGACAGAUAUUACGAGUAAAAAAAGAAGGACUCCGUGUCACCUUACAUAACAGUGAAGCACCAAAACAAGCCGGUAAACGAGUAAAUACAUAGCCCCACGCACACACUUACACUAAUACAAGCCGAUCGGUCGCCGUUAUGAGAUUUGCCAUCGUCUGACAGAUCAGUUUGCGUUGCUAUAAAGUAUUUUAAAAAUGCCUUCGUGCGUUAUGAAUAAGUGUAUAAACGAUACUGUAAAAGUAUUUGUGGCCAUUUAUUAUGAUUAAUUAAGGGAGAAAAAAUUGUGUAAAUGGUAUCCACCGUAACCGCACACACACUAGCAUAAAGGUGCUUCACUUGCUAAUAUCACGGCGCGGAGUCCUUCUUUUUGUACUCGUCCGUGCCUGUAGCAUGUAUUUGUGUUAUAACGACAUUGUCACAAUGACUUGUGAUAUUUUUAAUUGUUUUUAUUUUAUUAUAGGUAUUAUAAUAUUCAUGACAUAAAUUUAUAAUUCGUUUCAUAUUUAAUCUAAGAAAUGUUGAAUAUGUUUUAAGAACUAUUUCUAUUGCCUUAAAUAAUAGCCAUAAGUUUCGUUUUUAAUUCGCUCAAUAAUUUAAAUAUAGUUUUAUUUCGUAAUAUAAUAUGUAUGUAGCCAUAUUUAAAAUAUGUUUAUUGAUUUGACACCACACGGACUACAGAUAACUCUAGUUUGAACAUACUACUACAAUAAAAAAGAGAUGGUUCAUGUUACUUGUGGUACACUUAAACUUAAAAUUGAAAAUUUAUGAGUGGUCAAAUGUUAUACAACCUUAUGUAAUGUACACAUACAGAUAUACUGUGACAGUUGUGAACACGUCCAACAAACAUCUGUUUUCACCACACUAAAACAUGGUGCCUACCGCAUCGCGACUGUAACUCGUAGCUGUCAUGCACACUAAAAAAUAAACCUGGCCUGUUUUUCAUGCGUUUCCUAACAGCAAGAGGCUCUAUCUAGACAUAUAAAUUAUGUAAGGUUUAAACGGCUGUCACUGUGUACCCGUGUACGUUUGUUAAUGACGAGUAGGAAGAGGUUUUGACCAAAUAAUAGAGAACAAAUUACGAGCUUUGGCUCGGAAUUUGUCUUGCUACGCCACCGACUUAUAUCAUCGAAUUAAUUAUAGAUCAAAUUGAAUUUGAAGGAUAAGUUUCCAGAGAUAUAUAGAAUGUUUUCCCUAUGUAUGUUUGAUAGAUAUAUUUUGUUUAUGUUGUGACGACAUCUGAUCAUUACCGCACUUCGUUCUGUACAUAACGCGCUGCUUGUGCUUCAUUAAAUAUUAUUAACUA